UGACUGGUUCGUCUAUUUGUAAAUCCAUUCCCGUGUCGUGAGUCGCUGACUAAAAUUAAGAAAAUAAAAUAUUCGUUCGAAGAACCGGCAGCAGAACUAAUGUUUUUGCAGUGGAUGCUCCAUCCGAGAACAUUUUCGGGUGGGACCUUUUGAGUAAUUUACUAUUCACGUUUCCGCACAAUUGACGCCGUCGCAGCGCCGCAUCCAUCACACCUUUAAACGGGGGAACGCGAUGACUACGGAAAUGACGUAAAUCGACCGCGCCGGACGUUUUCAUUCAUAUCGGUGGAGCAAGCCGUCUGUCACGGAGCGACGGUCCCAUCUAGAAGAUUUGACUUGUUUUAUUCAUGCGGCUAUUUUCACCGAAUGAGAAAAAAAAUCCGACAGAUUUAUUUCACGGUAACUUUGUGAAUUCCAACAGCCAGUGCAUCCAUUAGCUGAUAUUAGCUACUUCUAGCUAUCGUUGAACAGAGCAGACAUAGCCAGCGUGAUCAUCUCUUUUGACGUCCCGGUUAUUACAUACUUGACCUGGGAGUGGACUCUUGACUGGCAGAGAUGGAGAAGCGGAGGAUCACGCAGGAAACCUUCGAUGCUGUCGUCAAGGAAAACAUGGAGGAGUUUGAGAUGGAUCCCGAUGAGGCUCUGAAGGAGGCUGUGGAGCAGUUCGACUCUCAAGGUGUGAACCUCAGUUGUAUAGUAAAAGCUGUACCAGUGGUCUCCUCGGAUAACCAAGAGGAGCCAACACAUGAGGUCUUACAGGCGUUGGAUUCCCUCCGCAUUGUAAAAGAUUCUGCCAGUUGCAAAGAAGUGGAGGCGGACAUGAAACGCUUCACUGAGCGUUGCUCACUAGGAUUUGCCCAGCGGUACCUGGCGGCCCAAAAAGACGCCUACCCCGUCAUACUCUCUUACUGCAAAAAGAGCACAGAGGAGCAGGACGCUGUGUUGACACCACUGACUGCUCUGGCUGCACUGACAGAUGGACAGCCCGACUUGUUGGAUGCAGAGGGUCGGCAGCUCCUUUUGAAUGUCCUUAAGAAGUAUAAGCCAGAUACCUCUGUGAUGCGUGCGGCCAUCUGCACAGUGCGUCGCUGCUGUUUGAAACACGAACAAAACCGACAGGAUUUGGUAAAAGGGGGCGUUGUGCCUCUUCUGACCGGAGCCAUUACAGAACACAUUGAAUGUGCUGAGCUGGUCAAGGAAGCCUCUGCAGCUCUCCGGGUCCUGGUCUUUGACGAUGAUGUGCGCGUUGCCUUCGGAAAUGCUCACGAACACGCUAAGAUUAUUGUUCUUGAGCACAACGGACUCAAGGUUUUAAUUAACGCUGCAAAAGUUCACCUUGAUAAUACUUCUGUUCUGAGUGAGCUGUGUGCAACUCUAUCCCGUCUGGCUGUAAGGAAUGAGUUUUGUCAAGACAUCUGCGAUCUUGGAGGAUUGAAGUUAAUCAUGAGACUGCUUGCGGAUAGCUAUGAGAAAGCGGAGCUUGUUCGGCAGGUCCUUUGUGCAAUACGAGCUGUAUCAGGAAACGACGAUGUGAAAGAUGCCGUUGUUAAUUCUGGUGGAGUCCAGCUCAUUGUCAUUGCCAUGAACAGACACAUGAACAACCCUGCUGUGUGUGAACAUGGAUGUGCAUGCCUCUCGGUCCUUGCUUUGCGUAAACCUGAAAACUGCAAAGUCAUCAUGGAAAAUGGAGGGGCCUUGGCUGCUGUGGAGGCUAUGAAGACGCACACAGACGCAGUCAAUGUGCAGAAACAAGCGUGUAUGGUGAUGAGAAACCUGGUUUCGCGUAUGAGUAACUUAAGCCAACCAAUCCUUGAGAUGGGAGCAGAGGCCCUGAUAGCCCAAGCACUAAAGACCCAUCAAGACUGUGGUGAUGUCGGCAAAGCAGCCCUCAGAGAUCUGGGAUGCCAGGUGGAGCUCAGAGAGCUGUGGACCGGCAAACAUGGCAGCCUCACCAACUGAAAGUCAAGGAGAGAAGUCACUCCUUAUCAUAAAUUUGGCUGAAAUGCAAUUUUAGGCAAGAUAAAAUGCCAUGUGUGUACCUCGCCAAGAGGUUAAGCAGAUGCAUCUAACCAGAAAAAGUUGUUGAAGUAAAUGCUAGUCCCACACCGCGCUCAUUACAGGUUGAAUAUGUUGUCCAGUCUUUCUUUUGUUUUUGUACAAAAAGAUAAGGGUUGUCCUAUUGAUUAUUAUUGUUUGCUGUCUGUUACCCAAAUGUAUACUUGUAGCACAGUUAUGCUUUCAGGAUGUUAGGAGUUGAAUUGGUUUAUUUUGUGCUAUGAGUAAUUAUAAAUAAGUGUAUUUGCAAAUAAUGUAAAUGCACUUCUCUGUGAAAAAUCCUUUUCAUUGUUUGCAUAGACACAUUUUAAUAUGUAUUUAAUGCCUUAUACUUUGACUAAAUGAAAACAUUUUCUCUUAUGUAUUUUAGUUUGUAAAUGCAUUAUAUACAGUAAACAACUGAAAAAUCUGAUACUUGCCCCUACCACGGACAGCAUUAGCCUAUAUUCUGCAUAAUAAGGAUAAAACCGUUUGAGCCCUCUCCAAGUUGUCUAUACCUCUUUGAACCAGCCCGUUGCCAAGUGCCUCCUCGCUACGCCCCUCUAACCGACCUAUCCCCACCUCACUCAUUUAGACUACAACUCCCAGAAUGCUCUGCAGCUCGUCCUUGUCAGAAUUCAGUAUCUCAACGCUGUCACGGCCAGUAACGGCAGAAAUUGAAAUGGCAUGGGAGAUGCUAGUCGGUUAAAGUCAAGUCAGCGCGAAGGAAUACGAGACAUGUGUGGGAGACAGUGACUUCGACACUAGGAGACGGUUUGUUUUUUAAAUACGCAAGCGUACUAUUUGUACUCCUCCAAACACUGACGACUAGUCACA